UCUACAGGACCGGCACAUGAGCGCGUGACGCAGCCGGUUGCUAGGUGUGGAUGACCUGAUGAUGAUGCUUUCACUCAAUUAAGCUUUAUUCUCAGUCAUCAACUCCAUCACAACAAAGCGAGAAGCAGCUCCACUUCUGUCCUGGCCACUCCGAAGGAGACAUGGCUUUUUGAUUCAGUCACCGCUUCGACUCUUCACCAAGCGCUUACGUGCUUUGCUGUAGCAACGCACCCCAAACUCAAAAACAUAAUGGAGUUUCAUAAUGCGUACCCAGCCCUCUUUUCUGUGGCUCAACACACUAACGACACUAUCGUGCACCACAAGCUCGGACAGUUGAAUCGAAGAAUCAUCGGACAGAAUGAUGGCAAUGUCAGCGCCCAUAUGGAAGGCUCUACUUGGAUGCCCGGCAGACCCCCUCGCUCUCUCUCACCCACAGGCUAACCACAGCCAAUUGGAGAGGCGCAGAGGGGAGGGGCCAGAGGAGAGCCAGCACUUAAUUGGUGAUGGUCUCAGUGACUGGAUGACGGAAGAAGUGGAUUUCUCCUCAUACCUCCCAACCCCUCACUCCUCUCCCUCCCCCAAUGCAUCCCUUCCCCCUUCGCCCCUCCAGCAUGAUAUCCAGGUGCCCUCUGAUUUGGAGGUCAUGACAUCUCUGCUGCAGGAAGAGCUUGCUCAGCUGGAGGAUUACUUCCUGUCUGACCCGCUCCCAGAGAAAGUCUCCAAACUGGGCAAAUGUGACAAGGGGCCACCACCAGUGGGGCCCCCAUCAUACUACCAGUUGCCCUAUGCAUCAUAUUCUGCUUCUAGCCAAUCAGAAUCUAGCCCCCUACUUGUUACCCUAGCAACUGGGGAACUAGACCUGCUGAGCUUUUGUGGGGGUCCCAUUGGCCGAUCAAAGAUGCCUAGACACACCCCUUACGGUUGCAGCCGUCCCAAUGCCAACGUUUGCAGCCGCAAGAGAGUUUCUGAUGGGGUGAAAGUGAGUGAAGGCUAUGAGAAUGGCAUCUGGAGUUCCAAAGGAAAUACCUCAGGUAACUCAGCUGUUGGGCUUAAUGGUAGCUACAGCUGUGUGGAGGAUGAACGGGUGGUGGGCAAAGGGUACUGCUUGGGCAGCGCGGUGGAGAUCCGAAGAUGUGCCAUUUUACCCAAAGAAGAAAAGAACUGCCGCUACUCAGAUGAAGCUAUUGGUAUAAGCAAAGUUGUUAGCAGCAGCUAUGGCUUCGGUGGGCCCAUUCAAGUCCCACAUAAAAAAGAAGAGAUGAUGAUGUACGGUGUCCGAGAAGUCAACAUGAACGGGAUGGAUGGAAGUGGAGAGAUGGAAAUGAUGAGCGAAGGCAAAACAUCCAUUGGUGAUGUGGUCAAGGCUAACAUACCCUGGAAGACCGAGUCAAACGAAGGGUGCUAUCUUCAAGGAAGAACCCAUGAUGAGGCCUACCACAACUUCCUAGGGUCCAUCAACGAGCCAGUAAAAGCAGAAGGUAUCGAGAUGCAUCGUCAGCAUGGCGACUAUCACUGCAGUUUUCUCGAAGGUCAAGACCCUGACUGCUUGAGUGGAGACAGACAUGGACACGAAAUGGGUGCUCAUUGCCCCCGAGGUGUCUGUGCACUGAAGGAAGAGCCCUGCAUUGUGAAACCAGACCUGGAUGUCUCCCUUAUGGAUAACAAUCAAGGAGAACGUAAACAGAAGAAGAGAGAUCAGAACAAGACUGCAGCUCACAGGUAUCGGCAGAGGAAGAGAGCAGAACUGGACUCGUUGGAGGAACAGCUUCAUGGCCUGGAGGGAAGAAACCGAGAACUUCGGGACAAGGCCGAAUCGGUGGAGCGAGAGAUCCAGUAUGUGAAAGACCUUCUCAUCGAGGUGUACAAGGCCCGCAGUCAACGCCUAAAACAAGAAGCCAGCACCUGAGCUGAACUUGGUAGCCUGACAAUUGAUGAUUGUCCUGCAAGUAGAAUUGAUAGUGCUCUAAAUAUGGAUUGGAAUUUAAGUUGGAAUGAUUUCUGAUCGAAUGUCUUUUUUUUUUUUUCUUUUUCUUCCCCCCUCCUCUUGUUUUUGGAUAGGGGCGGGAGGGUGUACUCUUGCACGUUCUGUUAACCAAUAAUUUUUUUUUUUUUCGUUACAAACUGACAAGUCCAUCAACAGCUGCAGCACAAACUUCCACUUUUUUCAAUUCCAACUCAAAGUCAAAUAAAUAAAUGAAUAAAUAAAUAAAUAUGCACUGUGAUUCUGUCAUGGGUUAAAUGACAGUCGGCUUGUGUGUGGGCCUUUUUUUUUUUUUUUCCUUUUCCAAGAAUAGAUAAAACGGGUCCUAUUUUCAUGUCCUUUUUUGGAAUUGAUGUUAACACAGAACCCACAAUCAAAUAAAGCACAUUAUUUUUUUGUUUACACAACGCUAGAACUUUAUCAUGACCUGCACCGAUUUUAAUUUAUUAGAAUGCAGAUUUUUUUUUUUUGAAGUUUCUUAAUAAUUUCAACAGUUUCGAAGUUUGUAGCACUUGGCAAUAGCGUAAAUCUUCCAUCAAAAAAAUGAAUAAGCACUAAUGAGUAAGCAAUUUUUUUUCUUCUCUUUUUGCCAAACCAAUUGACUUUCAGGGGAAUUACUCUUUUGAAAACGAAUAUUCCCUCAGGAAUAACAAGACUGAAAAUUUUUCUUUUCCAUUACAUCCCCAAAUAUAGGUUAGUCCUGCAGCUCAGGUAUGCUAUCUAUGUCCAAAGUCACGGAAGUAUGUCAGUUUGUAACUUGAUGCUGAAGAUAUGGCACUGCCUAAUGUUAUGUGUGUCGAGUUCAUAAUGUUUUUAGUCUUGCAUGCCUGGUAGAUUCAUGGCUUUUUCAAUGCCUUUUGUUCUUUCUUUUGGUUUGAACGGGAUGUUAAACGUUACAGCAUAUCUCUAGUGCUGAAGACCUGUUAUAGCCUGUAUCCUCUUUGCUUAGUCAUUUCAUAGAACGAGUGGCAUUUUUUGAGUUCACAAACUACUGUUUGGCCCAAUGUCUCUGCUGUAAUUGCGAAAACAAUCAGGGUUUGUGAUUUUAUAAUUAUAAGGCUUGUUUGGUCUGAUUUAAAAAUGGUGUCCUAGUGGGUAGCACACACUUAAAAAAAAAAAAACAAAAAAAAAACCUCUUUAUAGCUCUGGCUUUUUUAUAGAAUGCUUGAGAUGGCUUUAAACCAUUUAUUUAGCUUUAGGUCAAAUUUCUGUCCUUCCUAGCAAUAUUUAUUCAACAUUUUCUUUCAUGUAAUCAAAUUGCAAAUACACUUGCGUACAAUGAACAUGAAUUUAGUUUAGGGGUUUUUAUUAUUAUUAUUAUUACAGUCUGUAUACUGACAAAUUUGUAUCCAGCUGUGAGUCUGGUGAGAUUUUUUUUUUUUUUUAAAUGUGGAACCACAAGGAAACAAAAAUCCAGACGCAAUUAGAUUUUUUUUUUAAUUGAAGCUUCAUGUGUACCUUAAAACCUAGCAAUACCUUUAUUUCCUUAAGCCUUCUGAAUACAUAGCCUAGCACAGAUAUUGAGAGAGUUAAGCGCCUUAUCGAAUUCAAAAUCUGCUUUCCUCUUGGCGGUAUACAAUCAUGUUUGUGAGAAAUGAGCAGACUGAGCAGACUGUGGUGUGGCAUCUUGUGAAGCUGAGAAAUGUUGGAACUCCUAAGCUACACGGCUGAGCCACAUUGUUUGUUUUACACACGUUCACACCAGCUGAAAGACCAAGACCAGACAUUUCGAUGCGUCGUUUCUUUUCCUUUCCUAGUUUUGAUUGCUUUGUUUUUUCUUGUCAUUCCUUUGAUUCCAAUAAAGUGAUUUGUGUAAAGCAGUAA